AUGUGUUCGGGUGUAAUAUAUAGUGGACGGGAAAAGGAAGAGGCGGCUAUCGAUAACAUUGGCGCGCGUUAUGAGAGAUACGGCAAUGGAGUCGAAGCACCGAAAAAGUUGGAAAUCAUUAAAGAGAAGUGCAAUGAAUUGGGUUUUACUAAUGGCACGGGUUACCUUAAACUAAAAGUCCGGGAAGUGAUUCUGGAAAGUCCCAACAUUCAAUUCUAUGAGAAAAUGAACCUGUUCUGCACACUGCCCGAUGACAAAAUGCUAAAAUACACGCCGAUUAUAAACGCUAAGCUGACCGACACUAAGAAACUACGCGACCGUUUCCUUGGUUACCUAGAAGAUGCUACGAAACAGUCGAGAAUUAAGAUGGGCGAAAUAGUAUGCGUUGGCCGUGACUUCUGGACUAAAGUGGUUGAUAUGCACAAUCACCUAGAUGGGUUCAGGGAGUUUUCACACAGACGUAUCGACAUCUACCCGGCAAUGUUGAACCGAACGGAGCACGUGUUGGGAGUAAAGGUGGACACAAAGUGCGAGAUGAAAGAGUCCUACCCCGAGGCAACAUAUCAAUCGUCUACCGUGUUGUUGUGUAAAUUACUUGAAAAGUAUUUAGAGUCAGCGCUUUAA